UCAGCGGACCACUCGCGUUCAGCUCCUCUCAGAAUGGUGAAGAAGCGGGUUUACUGCGAGGACUUGACUGUCUUUUCCGUGUCUCACCUGGCAGGUAGAAAGGAGCCUAAGCAAAGAACUGCAAAGGCCACGUGAUGUUGAAGCGACUCUUCUUUAGAAUAGUCGGUGUGAUCCACUCAUCACUUAAUUAGCCCGAUACCACUUCCAGGAAAAAGUUCUUCCCAUCAAAGGCUGCGGAAGGAAAAAGGGGGCCUCACCCUUACACUUUAAAAACAGGAGGCAGCAGCGCGCUCGCACAAAGAUCUGAGCAACUACGAGGGAGGGACUCCUUUAAAUCAGCAACUACUGACUUCAGCGGCUGCUCAUCACUGUUCUCCGUCUCACAACAAGUCUCAGGACUUAUUAAUCUGCUGGAUAACAUGGCCGCGUCCGGACUGCAGCUCCUCGGCUUUUUUCUCUCUCUGGUCGGAGUCGCUGCCACUGUUGCCGCCACUGUUAUGGUGGACUGGAAGAAGCUGGUCCAGGGCAAGCACCGCUCCUAUGAGGGCUUAUGGAUGUCCUGCGCUGGUGUUCAAGACAGAAUGACCUGUGAAAUUUAUCAGUCCAUCCUGAAAAUGCCGACUGAGAUUCAGGUUACCAGGGCAGUGCUGCCGGUCAGCCUCCUUCUCUCUGCUCUGGCUGUACUCAUCUCCACAGUGGGGAUGAAGUGCACCCACUUCAUGGAUGGUGUGCCAAAGAGCAAAUCCAUGAUAGCGAUGAUCGGAGGAAUCACGUUCAUUCUUUCAGGCGUGUUGACCAUCAUCAUCACCUCCUGGUUUGUCAACAUGGUUCUUUCUUACAGUGGACACAAGCUGUUUAGACCUGAGUUUGGUAAUGCCGUGUUUGUGAGCUGGGUUGGUGGACUCCUCACUGCGGCCGGUGGUGCUUUCCUGAGCUGUCGGAGAUGCUGGAGGACAAACCCUCCAGUGUCCAUGAGCUCCAGCCACUUUCUUUCUACCAAUCACUCCAAGUCCAACUACGUCUAGUUGAAAAGGCCCUAAGAACCUGAAGAAGGAGCCGGUUUCCCUUUGUGGAUUAUUUAAAGAAUACGUUCAUUCACUGAGAGGUCUUUGAGAUCGGAGUGAGGAUCGCUCAGAAGAAACUCCUUUGAAUCUCCUUUGUCCUGGGUUUAAAUGCCACCACAGCUCUGGUUUCUCCUGCUGCAAAGAUGUCAGGGUUCAAAGUUUAAAGUCUGAAAAAGUCCACAAAUCGAUAAAUAUACAAGUGAGCAUGUCAGGUGGAGUUUCUUCAUAGUAGCACUGAAGACAAACAGUUUUUAAUAGUUUGAAGUGUGGCCGCAUGUAAAGUGGAGACAGCGUCAUUUCCGAUACUUUUCCGAUAUACGGAUUUGUUUGUGUGUGUUUUGUGUUUAUUUGUAUCUGUGAUGCUUCCCCUGAUCAGAUAACAUUUUGUAUAUUUUGAGAAGAAAAAUAAAAUAAUGUUGUUUUUUAUAAUCUGUGUUUUCCUGUUUUUAAUUAGCCGCACAGGCUAAGUUUCUGCAGAGUACCUGACAGGUUACAUGAAAUCAACAAAUCAGAAGCAAGUGAGCAGAACUGAAAGACAGAAACACGUGCAACAAAACAUCUACACAUAUGAAACAUUAAUGCAGUUAAAUCAUCUAUAGAAACUCACAAAGACAAAAGGACAUCAUCGAUUUGAUAGAUAAUAACCACCAACCAAGAUUCUUCUUCUUAUUAUUAUUAACUGAUAAGGCUCAGAUCAUUGAAAUACAUUUUUAAACAUCAUCCUAAUGUGAAGCUAUGUUACUGGGGCGAGGUGAUGUGGCUGGAGAAGCGAGCUCAGACCUGACCAGCGGUCCCGUUCCCACAGCACCAAAGGAUCGUUCACUGUGGAUAUCAGCUGCUGUCAGUCAGAUGUGACGCCAUAAUGUCAGCACAAAACUGCAUAAACAUUCAUAAGACUUGUUUACUGUAACCAGGCAGUACUUAUCUUAAGCGCCGCCGUGUACGAGUAAUGAUGUCAUACUUUCCUUCCUUUCACAGAUACUGUCAUUAAGCCCAUUACUCCAGACCAUUAGGACCAUAUAAGAGUUGCCAAGGUCGCUCUCAGAGAAACCUACUUGCUGCAUUCAGUCAGCAUUUAGUGGGUUUAAGAUAAGCACUGCCAUUGUUUAGGAAGUAAGUGAUAACUGAUGAGAUUUGACUAUAAGCUGCAUUUUCAGGAGGCAAAUACACAAAAACAGAAGCUGUUUGGUUCAUGUUCAUGUCAUGAGACUGGGCUGCGUCCCGAGUGUGAGGAAUACGCGAAUGCCUCGUUCGAUUAAAUGAUUAGC